UCUUAUAUUCCCUUCUCACUUCGCACCAUAUAACACCCUUUUCUUCUUCACCAUUUUUUCAUUCAAACUCUCAAAUUAAUUCAUUCCUCUCAUCAAUCAAUCUUCAAACAACUAAACCACUUAUAUUUAUCUAUGGAUCCAUUCGAGUCAAACAUAGAUUCAACUCAUUUAGAAACGUCGCAAGAAUCCAAUCACAAGAAACGCCGCAAAAUUGGACACCUCGACGGCGAUCAAAAUUCCCUAAAUCUUAUGCCGUGGAGAUCCCAGACAGACCAGAAUACCUACUCCCGAAAACUCGUUGAGGCUCUCCGCCGGAUUCGUUCACCGGAGACGACCAAACCUAGAACCGCCGGUCAAGUCCGCGACACCGCCGAUCGAGUCCUCGCCUCUACAGCUAAAGGAAGAACACGAUGGAGCCGUGCGAUUCUCGGCCGGUGGAAGAAGCUACGAAGACAUCACAGGAAAGUGAAGAAAGCAGCCACCGGAUUGAACAGAGCGGUGAUUGGGAGAGAGAGGACGAGACGGUUACCGGCUGUGCAGGUAAAAGCGCGCGUUCUAGGCCAGUUGGUUCCCGGUUGCCGGAAGGUUCCUUUACCGAAUCUUCUAGCAGAAACUACUGAUUAUAUAUCCGCCUUGGAGAUGCAAGUGCGUGCCAUGACAGCUAUCGUCGAGCUUCUCGCCGGAGGAACGUCGGCGGGACUUGCCGGUCAAGUGAUGAGGUGAUCCGCACGCGUUGUUUAGAGCCUAGGCUAUAUUGCGCCAGGUGUUACUUAAUUUUUUUUUCUUCUUCAUUUUUAUUGGUUUUUCACUUUUCAGAUUCAUGUAUUUUAUUAUCGUGUACAUUGUACAUGCCAUUUGCUUGUUCCUCUCUUUAAUUUCCACUAUCAUAACCUUUUCUUUCACCUCUUUUUUUCA